ACCAUAAUACCACUGCCAAAACCCCGAGCACCACCUUCCCCCAGCCCUAACCCACGGAACAGUUCUACCCAAUCACACGAUGUCGGAGAACUUGAAGAGAGCGGAGUCUUUGUUCAACCGGAUCAUGAACCAAAACGCCAAAGAACCCACCCCGUUCCGUUCCGCUGUUAGACUGAGAGAAACCCCCCACCAUCACAGAGACAACCACAAAGACAUUCACAGGGACAACCGCGACCGGAGCCGGGGCCACGGCGAUACCCGCGACGGCCAGAACCACGCUGUUGGCCCCAAUCACCACAACCACAACCACAGUCACAACAACAACCAUAACUACGGAAGAAACCGUCAUCGCCAGGAGUUGAUGAAUCACGACGCCAUGAAGGUGCCUUCGGCCGUGGUGGAGGCAGAGGUGGCCGUGGGCCACCUCCACAUUGUUCCGUACUGCUGGACAUUCUGGCACCAUGCUCGGUACAGCCAGCCCAAGCAGAGGGACGGUAAAAACUACUUGCUGCGGACGCAAGAGCUCGAGUUUCCUAUUUAUGGCGGGUCUGGUGCCGAUGCUACCACCAAGUACGUGGCGAGUGUCGAGCAGUUAUGGACCAGCUUCAGCCACCUUGUUACACCCAAAGACCUGGAGAUUGGUACCGAAUAUUUCAUGUUUAAAGCAGGCAUCCCGCCGAUGUGGGAGGACCCUUUCAAUUCUCGAGGCGGUCGGUGGGUAUUUAAAUUCCCUCGCAAAAGUGCCAGUAGCGACAGCGACGGUGCCGGGGGCGAUGUGGACGAUGACGCCACCGUGCGGGCCCGUACGAGUUUGAUCUGGGAGAGAUUGGUGCUUAGCUUUGUUACUGGAUCGCUUCUGACGGGAGACGACACGGCGGAGGACGUGGUAAAGGUGGCCUUUUCCGAUAUCAACGGCGUGGUGGUGAGUAUUCGUCGUGAUGAGGACAUCAUCAGCGUGUGGAACGCCAACCUUGUAUCACGGACCCCGGCUGGUGGUGGUAAUGGGUUUAAAAAGACCAAUGUUCCUGUAAAGCGUAUUGUGUGCGAUGCGAUAUUGCGAGUGAUUCGAGAAUGUGACAUGAUAUUGGCCAGCGGUGGGCCUGGGGCCAUCGACGUGGCGGCCGUCCACGGUGCCAACACGUCGGACCGCAUCAAGGGUGUCACCUAUAAGUACCGACUUCAUGCUGAUUAUAAUACCGAUGCGAGCACCCUCAGCAACAAUUCCAGUAGCAUAAAUCACCAUAAUGGUGGUCGGCACCGGCGCCGGGAGACGGUGUCUGCCACCACGGACCUCCCUGAGGCCGGGCUUGUUCCAGCCACUCACCCAGAGUCGGCCCCUGCCCACCUGUAACGUAACGACUAAUAGAUAAUGCACAGUACAGCCUA